AGCCUGUAUUUUAAACACAUCAGGUCUGCGUUCAUUGGAUUUAGCUUGAAAAAUGUUUAAUUUAUGCAAUUUAAAAUGUCCUUAAGCUGUAUUUAUUGGAUAUUACGUCAACGUGAAGUAGCGGUGCUUUGCGUCGGAAUGUACCAUUCUGCCAACUCACCGGGAAGGAUUUUGUUGUGACAGCGGAGUAACAACCCGGCGGGGAAGACGGUCAUAGACUAGGUUUUCCCAUCUCGGAUCAACAAUGGCCUUCAGCAAGGGAUAUCGCAUCUACCACAAGCUGGAUCCGCCACCUUACAGUGUCAUAGUGGAAACUAGGACCAGAGAGGAAUGCCUCAUGUUUGAAUCUGGGGCUGUUGCUGUUCUGUCGGCUGCAGAGAAGGAGGCCAUUAAAAAUACAUACACCAAGAUUGUUGAUGCAUAUGGGAUUCUGGGUGUCCUUCGUCUAAAUCUGGGUGACUCCAUGCUCCACAGCCUUGUGGUCGUGACAGGAUGCAGCUCUGUGGGCAAGGUGCAGGAUUCAGAGGUUUUCAGGGUCACACAGACAGACUUUAUAUCCCUGAAGAAUGAUCCAGCGGAUGAGGACCGGAUAGCCGAGGUGCGAAAAGUCCUCAACUCAGGACACUUCUACUUUGCUUGGUCUUCCACUGGAGUCAGCAUGGACUUAAGCCUCAAUGCACAUCGCAGGAUCCUUGAAGACACUACAGAUAACCGCUUCUUUUGGAACCAAUCUCUGCACCUGCACCUAAAACAUUAUGGAGUAAACUGUGACGACUGGCUGCUUAGGCUGAUGUGUGGCGGCGUAGAGAUCAGGACCAUCUAUGCAGGGCACAAACAGGCCAAGGCGUGCAUCUUCUCCCGCCUCAGCUCAGAGCGAGCGGGCACGCGCUUCAAUGUGCGAGGAACAAAUGAUGACGGACAGGUGGCCAACUUUGUGGAGACUGAACAGGUUAUUUUCCUGGAUGACAGAGUCUCAUCCUUCAUACAGAUCCGCGGGUCCAUUCCCCUUUUCUGGGAGCAGCCAGGAAUCCAGGUUGGUUCACAUCGUGUCAAACUCUCAAGGGGAUUUGAAGCAAACGCGCCGGCUUUCGAAAGACACUUCACUGCACUGCGGAGGUUGUAUGGUAAGCAGGUGAUCAUAAACCUGCUCGGAAGUAAGGAAGGAGAACACAUGCUCAGCAAAGCCUUUCAGAGUCAUUUGAAGGCGUCCGAGCAUGCCGCAGCGGUGAAAAUGGUGAACUUCGACUACCACCAGAAUGUUAAGGGUGGCAAGGCAGACAAACUUCACAGUGUCCUCAAACCUUACCUCAGCAAAUUCAUGGAGGAGUGCGGGUUCUUCUACUACUCUGGAGAAACGGGCAUUGUGAGGACUCAGGGAGGGACCAUCAGGACCAACUGCCUCGACUGCUUGGACAGAACCAACAGCGUCCAAGCCUUUUUUGCUCUUGAGAUGCUGCCGAAGCAGCUGGAAGAAAUGGGCCUGACGGAGAAACCGCAGCUGGUGGCCCGGUUCCAGGAGGUUUUUAGGACCAUGUGGUCCGCCAACGGCGACUCCGUCAGUAAGAUCUACGCAGGCACCGGUGCCCUGGAUGGCAAGGCUAAGGGGGGGAAGCUUAAAGACGGAGCGCGCUCUGUGACACGGACCAUCCAGAACAACUUCUUCGACAGCUCCAAACAAGAGGCCAUAGACAUCCUGAGGCUGGGCUCCACGCUCAACAGUGACCUGGCAGACAAAGCCCGGGCCUUGCUCACCACUUCCAGUCUUUAUGUCACUGAGCCUGUCUUACAAUCAGCCUCCCCGAGAGUGCUGCUGGGGAUGUGUCAGAACUUCCACAAAUACACGAGGCCCAAGCAGAUCCGGGUGUGCGUCGGCACCUGGAAUGUUAACGGCGGCAAACAGUUUCGCAGCAUUGCCUUCCGCAAUCAGACGCUAAACGACUGGCUGCUGGACGCUCCGAAGAAGGCAGGGCAUCCUGAGUUCCAGGACAGCAAAACCAACCCCAUAGAUAUCUUCGCCAUCGGCUUUGAGGAAAUGGUUGAACUGAAUGCCGGUAACAUCGUCAGUGCCAGCACUACUAACCAGAAACUAUGGGCAGCCGAGCUCCAAAAAAACAUCUCACGAGACCACAAGUAUGUUCUGCUCGCUUCAGAGCAGCUGGUGGGAGUUUGUCUUUUUGUCUUCAUCCGUCCACAGCACGCUCCUUUCAUCAGGGACGUAGCUGUAGAUACAGUAAAAACCGGAAUGGGCGGGGCCACGGGUAAUAAAGGGGGAGUGGCCAUCCGCCUGUUGUUCCACACCACCAGCAUCUGCUUCGUCUGCUCCCACUUCGCUGCUGGCCAGUCACAGGUCAAGGAGAGGAACGACGACUACAAUGAAAUCACCCGCAGGCUCAGCUUCCCCAUGGGUCGUUUGCUGUACUCGCACGACUACGUGUUCUGGUGUGGUGACUUCAACUAUCGUAUCAGCUUGCCCAAUGAGGAAGUGAAGGACCUCAUCAAACAGCAGAACUGGGACGCCCUGACGGCUGGAGACCAGUUGUUGGACCAGAAAAAUGCUGGUUUGGUCUUCAGAGGUUUUAUCGAGGGAAAGUUGGAUUUUGCCCCCACCUACAAGUAUGACCUGUUCUCAGAGGACUAUGACACCAGUGAGAAGUGCCGCACGCCGGCCUGGACCGACCGCAUACUUUGGAAGAGGAGAAAGUGGAACUUUGACAAAACAGCUGAGGAGAUGAAUGUAGUCGGUGCAUCUUCUUCAUCUGCUCGGAAUGAGGAUGACCCAGACUACCCAUGGAGCCCCGGCACCUUGAAGUACUACGGCCGAGCUGAGCUAAAGACCUCAGACCACAGGCCCGUGGUGGCAGUCAUGGACGUGGACAUCCUGGAGGUCGACCCCGAGGCUCGGCACCAGGUCUACAAAGAGGUCAUCGCCCUCCAGGGGCCUCCAGACGGGACCAUCCUGGUGUCGCUCUGCACCUCCGGCCCCGAUGACUACUUUGACGAUGCGCUCAUCGACGAGCUGCUGGACAAGUUUGCCCAGUUUGGAGAAGUCAUCCUCAUCAGGUUUGUUGAGGAGAAGAUGUGGGUGACCUUCCUGGAAGGCUACUCUGCUCUGGCUGCUCUGUCUCUCAGUGCUUCCACCGUCCUCGGCAAGGUCAUCGACAUCCGUCUGAAGAGCCCAGGCUGGAUCCGGAGUCUGGAGGAGGAAAUGAGUGUGGAGAGGAUCUGUGGAAGCAUUCCCACUUCGGCCAGCUCCACCCUUCUUGCCGAGGACACAGACAUGGGGGACGACGAUUACGACAUGGAAGGCGAUGUUGACGAUGAGGUGGAGGAGAUCCUUCCCCAACACCUCCAGCCUGGAGCGGGCUCUGGCCCCGGAUCCUCCCCUCUUCCCUCUCCCCGCAGUAGCCCCUGUCCCUCCCCCACCCAUGGAGAACCUGCUGCCCCCAGCAGGCCUAGUCGCGCAGGCCAACCCUCCCGACCGUCACAAGAUUUAAGUCCAACGUCACUGAGGAGAGAGUUUCCAGGGCCCCCUGUUGACUUCCAGCCCGGUGCUCCCACAUCUCAAAGCCUGGAGCCCAAACGCCCGCCCCCCCCUCGACCCAAUGCCCCUCCAGCCAGACCUGCACCCCCCCAGCGUCCACCCCCACCUUCAGGAGGCAUGAGCCCUCUGCCCGUUAGAAAGGGCUCUGCAGACUGUGGCGAAUGUCCCAGCCCUCUGUUUGGUAGGAGAGGCAGUGAAGGACCAAAAAGCCCCGCUCUAACUCGACCGGACGCUGCUGCAGGUCGAGGCCAGGGAGCAGCAGGCGCACCUGGACCUGCAGGUGCUUCCAGACCGAAUAUCCCUCCUCGGGCCGGGGUGAUCAGUAUGCCCCCUCAGUCUCGCCCAACACCACUUUCACACCCCGGAGCGCCCAGGCCCAUUCCAGAGGUACAUCCUGGAGCCCCUCGGCCCAUCCCGGACACCCACCCUGGAGCUCCCCGACCCGUGCCCAGUGGCCUGACCAAACCAACCGACCUGCCCCUGGGCCCUCCGCUCCACUCAGGACCGCCUCCAUCACUGAAACCCCAGGUCCCGUCGCCCAUGCAGGCGCCCAUGCAGGCGCCCAUGCAGCCCCAACAAGCCGCCCCUCCGGUUCAGUCUCAGCUCCCACCGCCGAUGCAGCCCACGCUCCCGGCUCCUCUCCUGCCGCAACAGGCGGCGGCUCUGUCGGCCGCCGCCCCCGCCGGGCCUCAGCAGGGUCUAGCGUCUCCCAAACCCCCGCCACGCUCCCGCUCCUCUCACGCUCUGCCGCCCGAAGCUGCCAAGUCCGAGACAGCCCCAGCUGCACAGACGAAUGGACUGAAUGGAAUCCAAAGAGAAGCACAAUGGAAGCCCGACCCCUUUGACACACUCGCAUCUGACUUCCGGUCCUCCUCUCCAUCCUCCUGGCACGCCACCCAGUCUCUCACCAGAGGCUCCUCCCUGCGCAGCCCACCCUCUGUCCCUCCGUCUGCCUUUUCCUCCGCCACGCUCCCUUCCUCGGCGCUGUCCGACCUGCGGUCCCUCAACACGUCCUCCUCCUCCUCGUCGCUCUCCACCCCGUCGCCGUUCGCCUCCUCCCUGCUUCCUCCUCCCCCGGCCCCGUCCCGCAGCCGCUCCCAGGAGACGCUGCGCGCCUCCCCGGGCCUCCUCCCGGCCGAGCCGCUCCCCGCCCGACCCAGCAGCACCAACCCCUUCACGGGCCCCCUGGUGCAGCAGCAGCAGCCGCGCUCGCUCACCCCGGACUUCAGCUUCCAGCACCCGGCGAACCUUCAGAGAACCAUGUCUGCCCUGUCUCAGCCGCUCAUCCCCACCCCGGCAGCCGCGCCCGCCUCCCAGCUCCAGAGGACACAGUUUGGACCCUCACCCAGUCUUAAUCCUCCCUCCCUGCUCCCUCUUGCCCCCGACCCAUGUCCCAUCCCCGCAUUGCCCCUAGCUCCGCCCUCCAGCCUCCCACCUGCUCUUGCGGCGCGUCGCCAGCCGCCUCCCCCAGGAGGGAAACCGCCUCAGCAGUGGGUCACUUUUGAUGAUGAUUUUCCGACUGCAGCCAAAACGCAGCAGAACCCCGUCUUCUCUUCCAGUUCCCUCUUGCCCCAAACCCAGACUCAGCCUCCCCGCUCUGUGUUUGAUUUAGAGCCAGACUGGUUGUCCUCUGGCCCUUCAGUAUUCCCUCCUCCCAUCCCAACUAGAACUGCAGCCAGUAACCCAGAGGGACCCAGUAACAACAGCUUCUUCCCCCGGGACUCAACAGAACGAUAAAUCACCACCCCCCACCCCCACCACCCUCUCACGUGUUAAAGGGCAUAUCAGAUAUGUAUAGAUCUAUGAUAAAUGUGUAUAUGUGUGCGUAUGUACAAAAGAGACAGUAUUUAAGAAGUAUAGACCAAUCCCCGUCUGAAUCACAGGAAAGAAUUUAUAUCUCGAGCGGAAACGCGAGAAGCGUCUGAGCCCAAAUGUGUAACUUUGCGACAGAGGUGUUUGCUCGUUCCCCGAUAUUAACACUUAUUUUAAUAUGAAUCCUUCUGAUGUUUAUUUUUAAUUUAUGGCAGCAAACACGUGCCUGUGUCUACAGUAUAUUGUUCUAUAAAGUAUGUCUAUAUGCGCACAUCAUGUUUGUAAUCACCUGUGCAAUAUCGAGGCGCAUCUUGGCGGCACACUACAUUCGACCGCGACGUUGCAUCUAGAUCCGCGUUCACCCACUGACACGUCGCGGCUCAUAUCUCUGAUUCCGACUGAUUGCGGUCAUCGGUGUGGUAUCCUUUCAAGUAAUCGUCACGUCGCACGAGGCUAUGCACUGCAGGGUUUACAUUUGUCCCCAAAUUAUGCUGCCGUCGUCAGCGAUCCGAUUGCUUCGAUUGUUUUUUUUUUUUUUUUCUCUCUCUGAGGAAAAGUUACACGGUGUUCUUGCUUUGGUCAUGAAUGUACUUUUUAAUUUUGCACUGGGUUUUUUGCUGUGAGCUCCUCGCUGACGGACGCCACAGUGCGAACAAGCAGCGUGAGUCAGAGUCAGCGAAACCGUUCACGGCCGCAGGACCGAUGCUCUGAAAUAUCAUCUCAUCGUAAAGCAUUUUAUUUUUCGCACUUUUCACGUAGGCAUUGUUCAUUUAUGGGUCGCGUCGUUUAAGAAUUAUUAUUUUUUUGUAGCUCUAUAUCAGAACCUAUACAUAGAGAUUAUGUAGAAAUGUAUAAUUUCAGUAUGGAAGCUUAAAGCUCGAUGUGUGUUUGCGAUGACCGUGCCAGGGGGUUUCCGCAACGUUACCGAUACGCACUGAUGCGCUCUCCUGGUUGUGUUGUUGUAAACGGAGAGCUCACAUAGUCAGACGAGAGAUGACACGUCCUCCUCUCUGUGUUGUUUUGGAUCCUUUUGAUUUAUCCAACACGUCAAAUCACGCUGUUGUAAAUUCAGAGAAUGUGAUGUGCGCAUGUUUGUACCGUUACUCGAGAGUACGAUGAUGAUGUGAUUUUUUUUUUGGUGUGCGGCCGCGAGCACAUUCCAUCCUCAACAAUAAGAGAGCACCUUUUUUUGUUUCUUUUAACUUUUGUUUCCCGACGCUUAUCAUUUCUAGUAAUAUUUACUCUAAAUAUUCUGAUAUUGUUACAGUGGUGAGAAGUGAUGUGUUGUGUUUGAGGUGCAUAUCGUCCGUUGUCGUGUUUGUGUUUGGAUGUGAGUGUGUGUACAGAGUUAAGAGUGGAAUACUGAAGCUUUUCCCCCCUUACAUAUAUUUCCUCACAGGUCCUGUACUUACAGCCGCUGUGUUCACUUGCUCUUGGCUGUAAUUGUAUUUCAGCUCUAGCCUGCCGGCUGUGGAAACGCGCCACUGUACUGUACUGCACUGUAAGGACUUUUUCCCCCUCUCGAAACACCCGCCGCCAAAAUGAGAACUCCCCCAGUAGCAGCGGAUUAUUCAGCACCUUAACUGAAUAUGCAGGCUGAACUACGCGAUGUGCUCGGGACCCGGUGUCCUUCUCAGGCGCAGUGUGGCCCACAUUCCAGUGUCACUCGAGCGUCGCACUCUUCUCAGUGUUCGCAGGUCGACCCGUGGCGUCGAAACCCGUCGAAGGUGUCCACUGAUAUCUUAACCGUUCUUGAGGUUGUGUGCGGUGUCGUGUCAGUAUUUCGUCCAGUACUUCACUCUUUCACUGCUGUUGGUCGAGAUUAAUGUUGACAGUGAUGACAAGCAAUAGACUUUCCGAAGGAUCGUUGAGAUUAAGGUCCGCCCUAACACGACACAUGCCAGCUGUUGUAGUCACAUUGUUUCUCCUCUCCCCCCCGCCCCGAACCUCGACAGUUAUGUAACUGAAGUAUCAAAAAGCAUUUUGAUGGUUCGUGGAGGAUAAUAUAUCAGACUUGAGAAGGUACCAGCUAAAUAAUGCUUCUGCGCUCUGUGUAAAAACAUGUAAAAUAAGCGAAAAUAACCUUCAUUCACUGCAACGAACGCAGUAGCGCUCUAUGUAAGCAAGUGUAUCGGGCUGCCUUUGCUUACAUGUCGGUGUCAUCUCUAAAAUGCAUUUAUUGUGUUAUCCAAAUGUGUGCGGUAGAUGCUGUAACAGUAGGUGACUAGCCAGCGCUUUGUGUCAUGUCACGGUUCCAGGCGAGAUUUUAUAGGAAACAAAUUGCUCCCUUUGUGAGGUCGGUGUCCCUUUUUAUGGCUAUAAUCCAUAGUAAACAAGAGUCUGUGUUGUGGAACAUAUUCUGUACGUAUUCAAGUGAAAACAUGAAACUGUAAUUCAUGUUAAUAUCCAGCGUUCCAUAUUUUAAGUGCACAGCAGAUGGCACAUUUAUGUAUGAAGCAGUUUAUGUUGUAUGUAUGCAAAAAUAAAUGUACGUUGACAUGA